CCAACAGCUUGUCGGAUAUUUACGGAGACAGCCGAGCGUCUGUUUGAACGAGACAUAUAUAUAUAUAUAUAUACAGGCGGGAUUGGAACAAAAAACGAAAACAUGGCAGUUUUAGGGACUUUGUUAGCUGCUGUUUGGGGGAUUUUGCUUUAUUUCUAUCUAAAUCAACAAAAAUUGGUCAGUGAAGAAAAUAUGAUUGUUUUAAAUGAAACCUACGACUUUAUUAUAGUCGGAGCAGGGUCGGCUGGAUGUGUCCUUGCCAACAGACUUUCGGAAGACUUGCUUUCUACGGUGCUUAUCUUGGAAGCCGGAGGUUCCGAAGGAGAAAAUGUAUUUAUGCAUAUACCUGUUGCUUUACCGGAAUUAAUAAAUUCAAAACAAGAUUGGGCAUUUAAAACCGUGCCUCAGAAAAAAUCCUCAAUAGGAUUAAAGGAGCAGAAAAGUGCCUGGCCCAGAGGAAAGGUACUUGGAGGAUCUAGCUCCAUUAACCACAUGCAUUACAUGAGGGGAAGCCGCCAUGACUUUGACGGAUGGGCCAAAGAGGGAUGUCAGGGAUGGAGCUACAAAGACGUCCUACCCUACUUUGUCAAAUCAGAGGACAUUCAAAUACCUGAUCUUACUAAUUCAAGUUACCAUGGACGGGGUGGGCCUCUUGUCGUGAGUUCUGGGGUAGCGACUUCUCUAAGAGAUCGGGUGUACAGACGGGGUAUGGAAGAGCUAGGAUACAAUACUGUGGACUGUAAUGGGGAGUCUCAAACAGGUUUUUGUUAUGGUCAAGAAACUGUCAAAAAGGGUGAGAGAUGGAGUACAGCCAAAGCUUUUCUAAGACCUGCAAUGAAUCGUCCGAAUCUCCAUGUGACAACACAAUCUUAUGUUACAAAGAUCCUGAUAGAAAACAAAAAGGCAGUAGGAAUUACCUUUAUAAAAGACAAUGUAAAACACGUGGUCAAGGCCAACAAAGAGGUGAUUAUUUCUGGUGGUGCCGUGAACAGCCCUCAGCUUCUUAUGCUGUCAGGAAUCGGGCCAAAGGAACAUCUUUCAGCUUUAAAGAUACCAGUGGAAGCAGAUUUACCUGUAGGUAAUAACUUAGAGGACCAUACAAUGCUCUUCUUGUUGUUCCGAGACAACUCUUCCUCCAGUCUUAGUCCAUCAAUGUGGUCCCACUUACAGUACCAACUGUUCAGAUCAGGUCCCUUAGCAAAAACACAUCUAGAGGCAGAUGCGUUUUUUGGAGACGACAAACAGGCACCCCCUUACUUCCAAGUUUCAUUUUUUAGCGUCCCGGCUACACCAUCCUUAGCAAAUGUGUAUGCUAAAUUGGCAAACUUGAAUCCAAAGAUAGUAGAUGGUAUUCAAAGUUCCUUAAAAAGAAUAUUGGAAGAGUCUGGAGGAACAUUCUUUGCAACAAACAUUUUUCUCCGACCAAAAAGUAGAGGGACAAUUCGACUCCAGAGUACAGACCCUUUUGAUCCUCCUCUCAUAGAUCCUAACUAUCUAGAUCACCCAGAUGAUAUAACCAACUUCAUGAAAGGAAUACAGGAAAUGAUGCGAUUAGCCAACACCACGGCUUUUAGAUCCGUGGGUGCAACACCUUCUGACCCUUACCAAGAGUACUACCCACCCUGUAACUCCCUGCUCUACCCUUCUGAUGAGUACUGGAUAUGUAGACUAAGACAUUAUAUGAACACUCUCUACCAUCCGACUUCUACGUGCAGAAUGGGAAAUAACAACGACGACACUGCCGUAGUCGAUCCACAACUAAGGUGGUUUUCUAGUGAAAGGUGUCAGCAACUUACGAGUAGUAGAUGCAUCCGUCAUGCGCCAUGUCACUUCCGGAAAUACCAACGCUCCCACCAUUAUGAUAGCGGAAAAAGCGGCAGAUUUGAUUCGUGGAAUAGACAGUGUGAUAGACAUCAGGAAAAAGACGUUAAACUUAUAAAGAGAAAAACAUGUAACGUUAUUUGCACUUUGAAGUAGCAAAAAUAGUUAAGUACCGAAUAUUUAUAGAAAAAUACUGGACACUAGGUUUGGUAUCAGCAAAAGAAAACCUUGACUUUAAAAUUAUGCCAGAGGCUGUGAAGUGAACGAGUACAAUCAAAAAAAUUUCCGAAAUUGUUUUUAUAAGCAUGCAUGUUUCUUAAAAAUACGUUUUGUAGUCAAGAUAAGAUAUCAGUAUGUUAACAUAUACCUUUACUAAUCAAUUGUGUUUGUUAUAUUCAGUAGUAUCUCCUAACUAUAUAACUUUCUAUAGACGUAUAGUCAAUAAUUGUUAUAUAAGCUCAUCCAAAAAAUAUCAAGAGAGAGAGAGAGAGAGGGAGAGAGAGAGAGAUACAGGUAUUGUAAACAUGUAUAAGCCAUACUAUACUGAAUUGAGGACAUUUGAAAUAAUAUGAAGGUUCCUCAGAAAUAAAACCAAAAACAAGUUGACCUAAUCUAGGUAAUUACAAUUUUCACAGAUAUUCUGCCAGUGGCUUUCAUAUUCUUUAUAUCAAUUUUUUUCAACAGCAAAUAUUUUUCAGUUAACAGUCUUUCUGUUAAGGUCAGACGACACAUUCCCCAAUUUUAGAUAACUUUUUCCAGGAAUUUGUUAAUGGUUUACUACUACUUUGACAAGUUUUGUUGCAAAACAUUAGGGUACCUUACCAGGCAUUUCUGCAAAAUACUAGAGUAUGCAAUUUCCUAUAUAAUCUUCUUGAAAAUACUCUUGAAUUGCUGAUAUAAAAAUAAAUACAUCUACAGCACAGCGAAAUUCACUAAAUUAGAACUAUAUCUCCGCCGGGGCGGGGCUUUGAACUUACGACCUCUAGAACCUAUACGCUUCUGGCAGUGAGUGGCCACGGUUCUAACCACUCGACCAUGUACACAUAUAACCAAAUUCAAGUAAAUUUUCAUCAUUUUUAAAGUAAUGAUAAAAUUAAUAUUUUCUAUUGGAACUCUUUAUUACGAGGAGAUUCAAAAAAAAGUUCUCGAGGAACGUGUCGUCUG